GAAUGCCAUCCAAGCAUAUUUUAUUUCGCUAAGUAAUUUACACAUGCACCCAGAGCGGGGAUUCGAGUUCCGUCGGGACCUGGAGCAGCUCGCGCACGAUGGCAUCCUACAUUCUCGUCGCCUGAAGCAGCGCGCACUCUUCCGUCCUGGAGUAUUAGCUUCGUUGGAGCCCGCGGACGUACAGCUACAGGACCGUACGAAGAAGAAACUAGCGCGAGCGCUACGCUCGUUGCGUGAUGACUACGGUGCAUCGCUGGCCUUAAGCAAAGAAGCGCUAGCCUACACAAACUCGCUGGAGGAUGCGUUGAGCUUCCUGACGCUACAGUACGCUAGCAACGAGCUACCACCCACUCUACGUGCUCUACCUACAGAACUACUGAGUGUUAAGGAUGCUGACGAGAGCGGAGAGUUGCUGGCUGAGGUGAACGUCCCCGUAAGAAAGAAAGAGGUAGAGCGGGUAGAACAGGAGAAGCAGAAGAAGGCAGAACACAUGAAGAAGGAGGAACCAACGUCUCAGGAGAAAAACCAGGAGAAAAAUCAAACAGACGCCAAGCAGACGGAGGCGCUCUCGUGGACGCAGCAAUAUGUGCUCAGCAUGGCAGCAAGAGAGGAGGAAAUGGCUCGACGGGAGGCCGAAGUGACGCCUGAAGCUCGCGAGCUGGAGGAGCUGGAGAAACGCUACAAUGACCUGGUGGCGGCGUUAAAUCGCUUGAAGGAACGCAAGAGCAAGAAGAAAAAUAAGAGUGGUGACAAGCAAAAGACUCGAGAACUGAAUGAACAGAUACAGGAUACACGACGUCAAUUACUCGCUCGAGGAUGGAGAGAUCCCAUGCAACAGUCGAAGAAAGACUCCAAGAAAGAAAGAAGUCUCGAGAAGGAGAAGAAGAUGGUCUCUGUUCCUGAGAAAAAAGAUGUGUCUGCUAUAUCUAACCACGCGAUUGAAGAAGCAGAUGACGAAUUAUUGUCGUUGGCUCUUGGCAUAACAGAGGAGCAGGAAGAGAGCGAUCAGGUUGACAAGAAGGAGGCAGAGAUCGAACAGGACGUUCAGGUGAAAGAAAAGACUGAAGAACCAAAUUUGACCACUCAACCAGCAGAUGACGAAGACGAUGGUGGCAUGUUCGGGCUGUUGGAAGAAGCUGAGACUACUGUGGUUAGUGCUGAGGAGAUUAAGAAGAGCACAGCUAUUGACACUGCUGCCCUCAUUGCCGCCCAAGCCGCUGCAGACCUCGCAGCUUCAAAGGGCAAGAAGGGAAAAGGAGGAAAGAACAAGAAAGGUCGCAACAUGCUGAAGGUUCAAGCGGCGGUAGCUCAAGCUGCUCAGGCGCAAGCUGCUGCUUCAGCGGCCUGGACAGGAAAGUCGCCGCGUGAUCACCUGGAGCAGCAUUGCCGCAAGAAUGGACUGCAGAAGCCUCAGUACAAGAAGCUGUCGCGAGCUCCAGGUGGAGGUCACUUGUAUUCGGUCGUGCUGGGUAGCAAAAACCGCGGUAAGCAAGAAGUAACGGUGAGAGAUGCCAGUGACGCAGUGCAAGGGUUUGAGUCCAUUUCAGAUGCCAAAGAUGCCGUCGCUACUAGCGCAUUGUUCGAGCUAGCACCGGACCUUCCACUUUAUCGAGUGUUGCCGCCAGUGUACCGUGAUAUGUGGCAGAAGUGGAUAAAGGAGCAGCAAGACAAUGAUGCAGCGGCAGCUGCUGCUGAUCGCGAUGAACAAGACGAACUAUUGACCGAGAUUUUCAAUACUCUCCCCGCUGAGAUUGCUGAAAAGCGAGCUGUCAUAGAGAUACCAGCAGCAUCAUUAAAGUCUUCAGCUCCAGUUGUAAAGAACGAUGUCGAAGACACUGAAAAUGCGCUGGAAUAUUGGAGUGUUGACGACUGGGAUGCCGAUUUAUCCGACGAGGAGACGGCACUCAAAGAAUCUCCAAGCGAUAUCAUGGUAUCGAACGAAUUGCAGGUGGAAGAGGAAAGCGAAAGCGACCGUAAAGCUGCGUUGGAUCUGUCUCAACAGCUACGUGAGCAGCUCGAAAAGCGUAUGCGUUCGAGUGCGUACAGAUCGAAGCUUCAGCAGCGCGAGUCUCUGCCGAUAGCAUCGUUCAAGAAACAGGUCGUCGAGAUGCUGUCGGACCACGACGUUAUCCUGAUCUCCGGUGAGACUGGUUGUGGUAAGAGUACGCAGGUGCCGCAGUUUUUGCUUGAAGACCUGCUGCUUUCCGAGCCUGGCGGUGCGCGUGGACAAAUUAUUUGCACUCAGCCUCGUCGACUAGCUGCUAUUAGUCUGGCUGAACGUGUCUCCGAAGAGCUGGGUGAAGCCAAUAUGGGCACGGGGGACUCGCUCACAGGCUUCCAGAUCCGACUCGAGACGCGUAUGACUAGACGUACACGCCUGCUCUUCUGUACGACAGGAAUCUUGCUUCGGAAGUUGCAAGACCCACGCACAUUAGGCGAGGAAGUGAGCCACGUUAUUGUGGAUGAGGUGCACGAACGCGAUCUCCAGAGCGAUGUGUUGCUGGCCAUGUUGCGUCAAUUCCUCGCUGAGGGUAAUGCAGCUCGACGCCGGAAAUUUGGUGGCACGUUGCCUCCAUUAAAGGUGAUUCUCAUGAGUGCUACACUCAACGCUGCAAGCUUCCAGCAGUACUUUGGUGGUGCGGCAGUGUGUCCUAUGAUUGAAGUCCCUGGUCGCACGUUCCCAGUGGAGCAAUUCUACCUCGAAGAUGUGCUUGAAAGGACACAAUUUGUCGUAGAUGAGGAAUCUCCCGCCUAUAUUCCUGUGGACGAGAGCGGAUCGGACAGGAAUUCGACUCAAAUUACGAUCUCUGGCCGUGGAGGCACUUCGUACACCCAACAGGUAUCAUGGACCUCAUCAUCCAGUGCCUCGAAGACAACAGCAAGUGAGGAGCAGAUGAUGUUAGCCGAGAAGUACAGUGAGUCUACGCUGCUUGCUUUAGAGCGCAUGGACCCGUCUGUUGUCAACUACGAGCUCGUUCAAGCGCUGUUAGAACAUAUCACGACGGAAACAGAUCUGCUUUCUCUAUCCAAGAGCAACAAGAGGAGUGCAUCCGUUCUUGUCUUCCUGCCUGGUCUUCAAGAGAUCACGACGCUACUGGAUAUACUUGGAGGCAGUCGUCUACUGCGUCAUGAUCCACAUGGCCGAGAAUUCGAGCUACUACCAUUGCAUUCGUCGCUUUCAGCGCAAGAACAGCAGCGUAUUUUUCGACAACGUCCCGGUGUUAUUCGCGUAAUCGGAGCGACAAAUAUCGCCGAGACGUCCUUGACUAUUGAUGAUGUUAAGGUUGUGAUUGAUACUGGACGCGUCAAGCAAAUGAGCCACGAUGCACAGCGUCCCACGAAUGUACUGGACGAGAUUUGGGUUGCGCGUGCCAACGCCAAGCAGCGCGCUGGACGUGCUGGCCGUACGAGUGGAGGCUCGUGUUUCCGUCUAUUCCCGCAGUCCGUCUUCCGCUCCGUUAUGCUCGAACAACCUGUGCCUGAGAUCCGCCGAGCGCCUUUAACGUCCUUAUGCUUACAGAUCAAGACGUUCGGUGUUGGUGGCGAACAGAAAGAUGGUUGUGGAGAGUUCCUGCGUGCGUGUUUGGAUCCUCCUGAUGAUUCUAGUAUCCAGGAUGCACUUGAGGAGUUGUUCGAGAUUGGCGCUUUAAAUCGAGAAGAUGAAGCGCUUACGAAACUGGGUGAGCAUUUAGCUCGACUGCCUGUGGACGUGAAGGUUGGCAAGCUGCUUUUGUUGGGCGCGCUCUUUGGUGUGUUUGACGCUGCGAGCACAUGUGCUGCCGUGCUGGAAACCAAGUCGCCGUUUGUGGCUCCUUUUGGUCGUCAGAGUGAAAUGAAACAAGCCCGUCAAACGUUCGCGGUUGCUGCGAGUGAUUUACUUACCGACGUGAACGCUUUUGAGGCCUGGCGUUAUGUUGUACAGCAUGAUAAGAGCACUGGAGUUAGUGAGAAGAGUUUCUGUCAGAGAAACUUCCUGAGUCACCGAGGGCUGCGUGAACUCAGUAAACUCAAGCGUCAGUUCCGAGGACUUGUGGCACAGCUCGGCUUCUUGCCGUCGUCGGAGAAGGAAGGAGACGAGCGUAUGAGUGUCCAGCAGUUGGCAACGAUAUCUGCGAUCUUGUAUGCUGGUUUAGCUCCGAACCUGGUGCAUGCAGAGCCGCCGAUGGCGUAUGGUCCAAAGCGUGCAGUACUUCGCGAACGUGAUCACGGUAUUGUUGUGAUGCAUCCAGGCUCGAUCAACUACAAAGUGGCAAGCUUCCGGGCGAGUAACUUCCUCACGUACGCAGUGAAGCUCCACACGUCGCAGGUGUAUCUCCCAGCCUCCAGUCUUGUAUUACCAGUGGCCGUGUGUCUAUUUAGCCAUGCACUGGAGCCAUUGCCACAGCUGCGACGUAAGGACAAGGAUGGGAACGAGACGAUUGGGCUGCGGGUGAACAACUGGGUGGUGUUCCAGAGCUCCUUCCGCUCGGCGGCGUUGCUACAAGAAAUGCGCAAUGCGAUUGUCGAAGCUAUUGACGCCAGCCUCAAGAUGCCACCAUAUGCUCGCGGUGGUAAAACUGAGUCCAAUGUGCAGAAGAUCGAGCGAGAGGAACUUGUUAACGUGCUGCGCGUACUCUUCCUUGCUGAAUUUGAGGAACGCGAUCCCAAUAAGCAGCUUUCAGGUCAGCUGUGUGCUGGCAAGGAACGUGAUUAGAACGUCAACAUUAAACGACGAAUAGAGAAAUGAUCGAUUCCUUCAAUCGACCUUGGAGAUAUCAAUCGUCCGAGUGAAUCGUUUCUCUUUUUUUUUACAAAAAAAAAUCUUAACAGAAUUAACGGUAGAAAUCAUCAUUCGGAAAAAAUAUAUUUUUAAGUUGAAGCAGAAA